AUGGCGUCCACAGGUGCAGCAGCCAUACUAGGUCUCAUCCUCCUCCUCCUCCCGCCGAUCACUCUCGCCGGUGACGACCUUCGAGGCUUCCGCGCCACUCUUACUCGCAUCCACAAGCUAUCCCCUGGGAACCACUCCGAGGCGGUACGCCGCGACAGCCACCGCCUCUCUUUCCUCUCCUACGCCACCGCAGUUGGCAAGGCCAGCAACUCGUCGUCGUCGGUGAGUAUCAAGGCACUGAUCGAGAACGGCGCGGUAUCGUACCACAUGAACCUGUCCAUGGGAACGCCGCCGGUCACCUUCCCGGCCAUGAUCGACACCGGCAGCGACCUCAUAUGGACGCAAUGCGCGGCGUGCACCAAAUGCUUCAAGCAGCCCACGCCGCUGUUCGAGCCGGCGAGGUCCUCCACCUUCUCCAAGCUGCCGUGCAAUAGCUCCUUCUGCCAGUCCCUGCCGACGUCCUUCCGCACGUGCAACGCCACCGGCUGCGUCUACAACUACCGCUACGGCGUCGGCUACACUGCCGGCUACCUCGCCACCGAGAAGCUUACCGUCGGGGACGCCUCUUUCCGCAACGUCGCUUUCGGGUGCAGCACCGCGAACGAGGGGACCAGGGACAACGCAUCCGGCUUGGUGGGGCUUGGCCGCACCCCUCUCUCCCUCGUGUCGCAGCUCGGCGUCGGCCGGUUCUCCUACUGCCUCCGCUCCUACAAGGACGCUGGCGACAGCCCAAUACUUUUCGGCUCCCUGGCCAAGUUAACGGGCGCAAAUGUUCAGUCCACGCCUCUCCUGCGGCACCCCGAUAUGCCAGACUCGUCGACCUGGUACUACGUCAACCUCACCGGCAUCACGGUCGGCUCGACCGACGUCCCGGUCACGAGCAGCACGUUUGGGUUCACGCAGACCGGCCUCGGCGGCGGCACAAUCGUGGACUCCGGCACGACGUACACGUACCUCGCCAAAGACGGCUACGCGAUGGUGAAGCAGGCCUUCCUGUCGCAGAUGGCUAACCUGAAGGCGCUGAACGGCACGCGCUUCGGCUUGGACCUGUGCUUCCUCCCCAGCGGCGGCGACGUGCCCGUGGCCGUGCCGAGUCUGGUGCUGCGCUUCGCGGGGGGAGCAGAGUACGUCGUGCCACGGGACAACUACUUAGCCGAUUUGGUGGACUCGCGGCAGGGCAACGUGGUCGGGGCGUGCCUCCUGGUGCUCCCGGCGAAGGAUGGCUGGUCCAUCUCCAUCAUAGGCAACCGCAUGCAGAUGGGCAUGCAUGUGCUCUACGAUCUCGAUGGCGAGAAGUUCUCCUUCGCGCCCGCGGAUUGCGCCAAAGUGUGA